UCAUCUCGCAUCAACAAAGCAUCAAACAAAACAAAGCAUCCCAAAAAUCCAACGUCCGUUUGUCGAGCAACAAGUGCACAGCGAUCCGCUUCAAAAUCAAAACGAAUUAUUUCUUAUGUACAAAUUGUAUUUGUUGAAAACAAGUGUUUGAAUCGAAUGGAUAAAAUGAAAGAAUCGUUUUCGCUAGAGGAUGUGCUACCGGAUGAUAACCGGCUUGGAGAGCGCGGUAAAACAUGGAAAAGUUUUAUGGAAAUUUUUUCUAUUGGUUCUGCUGUAUUCGAGCGACAGUUAACGUUUUGGUACCUCGUGUUGAUGCACAGUGUGCAGGCCGUUCAGCGGUGGCUGGUUCUACGGGGAUGCAAACGUAAGCUGAAACCGCCUCCGCUGGACGUGGACCCUUCCGAUGAAAUGGCUUCUACUGGUGAACCACUCCCGAAAUAUUCUAAAACGGAAGAGGAUAACGGACUCGUUAUCGACGGAGUAUGUGAUGUACUGUUGGAUUAUGAGCCCAGCGAUCAAAGUGACGCUAGCGAUGUAGAAACAGACGCAGGGUGUGAAGACACCGAAAAUUUUGAGCUGGAAAAUCGAGAAGAAAUCGACGAACAACUGAAGCAAGUUGUUGCAACGAGAAAGCGUAAUUGGGCACAAAAUGGUUUACUAAAAUUGAUGGAAUCAAUCGAGGAUCCCUGCCAAAACAUGCUGAGCCAUGAAAAGGUGGAACAAUGGUUGUUCGGUCAAAAAGGGCCCUUUGAUGUAACGCAAGCCAAUGAGACGGUGAUGACCGAACGAAACGCUGACGGAGACCGCAUGAAAUAUCAUCGUAAGCAGCAGGUUACCGUGUCGAGGAGCGUAGACGAUGCGGAUUCGUUGUAUUCCGUCGAUACGGCGAAGUAUAUUUUGCAGAAUAAAAGGGACAGGAACACGACUAGCAAGAUUAAGGUGACCACGAUGAUCAAGAAGUAUACCAUCUCAACGAAUAAUUCGAAUACGCUGGCGUAUCGACCGAACUUACAUUCCAUUGGUAGUUUCCCGAUUAUCGAAGAAUUGCCUUCCGCUAGUGUAAUACCGAAACCGUCCAAAUCGGAAUCUGCCUUUGGAACAGGUGAUGAUCUGGGCCUUGAACGAUUGCAUGAACGUAGCACAGUCUCUCAUCCGUCAGGAUUGAUCAAGUCGCCAGGUGCGACCCAACCGGAGAAACGCAAAAAAGUGUUCAAGAAAACGGUGAAAAAGUCAACGUUGAAAAGUCCAUCCAACAGAGGAAGCACGGUCGGUUUAAAGCAGUACGAAAAUGCUCUUAAAUCCUGCAUAAGCGUCAAGAAGGUCCCGAUAUUGAAGACACGCCGAAUUCACUGGCAAGAAACAUCGAAUAUUGCAGAGAGCAGCAGCGAUGAGAAUGACGAUGAUGUGUUCACUAAAACAAACAGAACUAUAGAUAAUGUACAACCGAAACGGAAUCGCCCGAAAGAAACAAAGCAUAGCAGUUCCGAGACGUCCGAGCUGUCUCCCCGAAAGAAUUUAGCAUCAUCGGGAAAACCUCACAAUCCAAGAAAGCAUGUCGAUCAAGACCUACAAAAAUCACCAAACAGAUUGAACAGCAGUGAAGAAACGGAGGAAAUGUGUGUCAGAACGACCAGAUCCAAAGCAAAAGGUCAAACAAAGCAAGUUCAGCGACCAAAGGUAAAAAAUAGUAAAUCUAGUAGAUCGGAAAUGUCACCCCGAAAGAAAGCUGUCAUCGCAGAAAAAAUCAUCAAGUCGCCCAGAAAGCUCGUGGAUCAAGACCUAGUGAUGCCUUUUGAAGCCAUUUGUCUAAGCCCUACGAAGCGAGCCUUGAAACAGCAAGCCACUCAGCCAACGAACAACACAAUCGACCAAACCACAAAUCUGACGGCGCUUUUUAGUGGAGCUAAUGAUAAGAUCACUAAUUCGACAGAGAUCGCCAACAAUACCACGGCAAACAGCAGUCGGUCCAAGAAAAGCACUAGUCGCAGUGCCAGCGGUUUUCCGGAUGUAUCGAACAGUAUUGUCGUGUACGAACCGAAAGCGAUCCAGCCGGGCAUCGGUCCGAACGAAUCGAUUCGCAUUACCCACGCUGACUUGAAGCUGGAUGGUGUGACCAAACGGCGGCACCUGGAGAAGUUUAAGAAGUUCAACCAUAUCAUUCAUCCGAAUUCAACGGUUAGGUUCUUUCCGUCUGAUUCGGAGGAUGAUGGACCGUCAACGAAUAUGACUACGACAAACACUGACACCGAUGAUGAAAGCUUCGAUGAGGACGACCCAAUUUUGACAUUUAACCCGCGCCAAGUGGACCGACUGAAUGUGUUGGAGUUUCCUUACAAUAGGACGGGUUUUUAGGAGCCAUUUGUUUUAUAUCAAGAUGCCUUUUCUUCUAUAGGUUAAGUUUAACAGAGUAGUAGAACCGUGGCAGUCGAUGGUUAACAUAUUUUAAGUGAUGCUGUGAAUGUGCGAUAUAAAGAUUAUGGAGGUAAGCAGUGCA